CGCCGCCGCCGACCUUGGCCCGCGGCCGCCUGUGAGCCUCGACCCGCGCGUCUCCAUCUACAGCGCGCGCCGCCCGCUGCUCGCGCGCACCCACAUCCAGGGCCGCGUCUACAACUUCCUCGAGCGCCCCACGGGCUGGAAGUGCUUCGUCUACCACUUCGCCGUCUUCCUCAUCGUCCUGGCCUGCCUCAUCUUCAGUGUGCUGUCUACCAUCGAGCAGUAUGUCACCCUGGCUACAGGGACCCUCUUCUGGAUGGAGAUCGUCCUGGUGGUGUUCUUUGGGACUGAGUACGCGGUCCGCCUCUGGUCCGCAGGCUGCCGCAGCAAGUACGUGGGCGUCUGGGGGCGGCUGCGCUUUGCCCGGAAGCCCAUUUCCAUCAUUGACCUCAUUGUGGUUGUGGCUUCCAUGGUCGUCCUCUGCGUGGGCUCCAAAGGGCAGGUAUUUGCCACCUCGGCCAUCAGGGGCAUCCGCUUCCUCCAGAUCCUGAGGAUGCUGCAUGUUGACCGCCAGGGAGGCACCUGGAGACUGCUGGGCUCCGUGGUCUUCAUCCACCGUCAGGAGCUGAUAACCACCUUGUACAUCGGCUUCCUGGGCCUCAUCUUCUCCUCGUACUUCGUGUACCUGGCCGAGAAAGAUGCCGUGAAUGAGUCGGGCCGCGUUGAGUUUGGCAGCUACGCGGACGCCUUGUGGUGGGGGGUGGUCACUGUCACCACCAUCGGCUAUGGGGACAAGGUGCCCCAGACAUGGGUCGGGAAGACUAUUGCCUCCUGCUUCUCCGUCUUCGCUAUCUCCUUCUUCGCGCUCCCGGCGGGGAUCCUCGGCUCUGGGUUCGCCCUGAAGGUGCAGCAGAAGCAGAGGCAGAAGCACUUCAACCGGCAGAUCCCGGCAGCAGCGUCGCUCAUUCAGACGGCGUGGAGGUGCUACGCGGCUGAGAACCCCGACUCCUCCACCUGGAAGAUCUAUGUGCGGAAGCCCUCCCGGAGCCAUGUUCUGCUCUCCCCCAGCCCCAAGCCCAAGAAGUCUGUCAUGGUAAAGAAAAAAAAGUUCAAACUGGACAGGGACAAUGGAGUGAGUCCCGGAGAGAAGACACUCGCCGUCCCUCACAUCACAUGUGACCUUGUCUCAGAGGAGCGGAGGCCAGACCAUUUCUUGGUGGAGAGCUGUGACAAUUCUGUGAAGAAGAGCCCCAUGCUGCUUGAAGUGAGCCCGGCCCCUUUCAUGAGAACCAACAGCUUUGCUGAGGACCUGGACCUGGAAGGGGAGACGCUGCUGGCCCCCAUCACCCACGUGUCACAGUUGCGGGAGCACCAUCGGGCCACCAUCAAGGUCAUCCGGCGCAUGCAGUACUUUGUGGCCAAGAAGAAAUUCCAGCAAGCGCGGAAGCCCUACGACGUGCGGGACGUCAUCGAGCAGUACUCCCAGGGCCACCUCAACCUCAUGGUGCGCAUCAAAGAGCUGCAGAGAAGGCUGGACCAGUCCAUCGGAAAGCCCUCCCUCUUCAUCUCCGGCUCAGAAAAGAGCAAGGACCGUGGCAGUAACAGCAUCGGUGCCCGCCUGAAUCGCGUGGAAGACAAGGUGACGCAGCUGGACCAGAGGCUGGUGCUCAUCACGGACAUGCUGCAGCAGCUGCUCUCCCUGCACCACGGCAGCCCCCCAGGCGGCCGCCCCCCCAGCGGGGACGGGGCCCGAGUGGUCCAGCCCUGCAGCAGUGGCUCCAUCAACCCCGAGCUCUUCCUGCCCAGCAACGCCCUGCCCACCUACGAACAGCUGACCGUGCCCCGCAGGGGCCCUGACGAUGGGUCCUGAUGGGGGCCCGGGGCCUGAGAGGGGAGGCCCACCCCACCUCCCACUCGGCAGGGGCACCCACCGGGCCGCAGCCACCUUCUCAAAGGCCCGAGAGAGCAGCCCCUCUCUCCCAGGCCCCGGCCACCUGGUGGGCCAUGCCGCCCCUCGGGCCUGGGCUUGGGGUUCACCAAGGCCACCUCUUCCCGGCCAGCGGGUACUAGAACUUGGCUGGGUAGGGGCCCCCUCUCAGCUCUGACACUGUGGCCCCCCACAUCGCUUGCGUGGUUGGGACACAGUAGCAGGGGGUCAGGCUGGCCCCCAUCGGGCUGGACAUCCCAGGCACUUGGUCCGUCCCAUGUAUGACCAGGAAGCAGCACAGUUGCGCGAAAGCCCACCCUGGUAGGCCCCAGGGGGCUUCCUAAGGGGAGACAGAGGGACAGCCUGGACAGGGUCUGUGGGUGCCCCACCCCCAGCCUCACAUCCAGGACGCAGGUGGACCCGGGGAGAAGGCACGCAGGGCAGGGCAGGCCCAGCCCAUGCCGAAUAAGGACGCCCGUGACCCAGGCCCACAAGCCCCACUCGGGGG